CUUGUUUCUCUUCCUCUGCUACAACAUUGCUGGAUUACUAGACCAUACGUUUUUGCCGUUGUUGAGUCCAGCUGGCGUGGAAAUAUAGGCUUCUGACUCUGAUUUACAUCCACAGUUGCAGCGCAUUUCUACCCCUACCAUGGAAGGGCCCUCACGUCUAAACGCGCCCGGUGUAUCCUUCAAGUCCUCCACGACGCCCGAAGCUCGAGCACAGGCGAGGGAAUCCUACAAAGAUGAGGGCCUGGAGGGUGUAUACAACCAACCGGGAACCUUUGACACCCACAGCGUCGAAAACCCAACCAAAACACAUACGGGUUUCUACUCUGAGCACGGCCAUUCCCUCUCUCACAUCCGACCCAUCACCAAGCACCCGGGGUCAUCAGUCACAACAUUCUAUAGUGGUGUGUUCACCACGAUCAUCGGCAUUUCGACGCUCGGCGCGAGCAUCACUUUCUCCUACGUCUUGUCCAACAACACCUCCACCCCGCGAGCAAGAAAGCCAGUCUUCAAUGUGGACCAGAUUCAAGAAUUCCUGGCCAUGAGCUGGCUCUUGUUCCUGCUUGCGUUGGCAAUUGCCUCCCUUGGCUCGACCAUCUUGACCUUCUUCAAAGACCACUGGAUUGCAGACUGGGACGGGCUGAAUGGGAAAACUUCACAACGGAGUGUUCAGAUGUACGCGAUCGUUGCUGCUGGUCUGAUGGGUGGUCUGAUUAUCGGGGCUUUCGUGCUGUUAUGCCUGGUGGUUGUUGCAUAUACCGCUGUGGUCGGGUGGGUGGCCUUGGGAUUUACCAGUCUCUUCGGAGUUAUCAUCCUUCUGGCAUUGAUGAAUCAGGCUCCGUUCCCGUGGCGGGAUAACACGCCGUCCCCAAGCCCAAGACAUCGCAGUGCGGGUGGCCCUGACGGACGUGAUAGAGAGGAGGGACCUUGAUGGGCUCUCAAGAAAGAUGCGUUGUGCCAUCGAUGCAGGGGAAUAUUAUUCGAUAGGUCCACGCAUGGUCGUUAUUUUUUGGCGGACGGGUUUCCCUGUCUUAGCGCGGCAGUCUUCUCUUGCCACAACGACAGCUCCAGCACAAUACCCGGCUUGUUCAGGUCGUCUUCAUAAUCAUACAAAACUCUUCAUAGCCCAUCG